AUGACUCCCAGAAUUAUCCCUCAGAUGUUUCGUGCACUUGGAGCUGCGCCGCGCGCCGCGUGGUCUGCACAGGUGCCUCGUGCGCCUGCUUUUCUGCGCCCGUUCUCGGCCCAAUCGGAACAGCCCCGUCUGCGUCUGGGCUCAACCGCUCCGAAUUUCACCGCCUUGACCACCAAGGGCGAGAUUGACUUCCACAAGUUCAUUGGCGACAAGUGGACCAUCCUGUUCUCCCACCCAGCCGAUUUUACCCCUGUGUGUACAACUGAGUUGGGCGCGUUUUCCCGGCUUAAGAAUGAGUUCGACAAACGCGGUGUCCAGCUGAUUGGACUGAGUGCCAACGACCUCGGUUCCCAUGACGAGUGGAUCAAGGACAUCAACGAAGUCGGCUCGACAAAAGUCCAGUUUCCUAUCAUCGCCGAUGCCGACCGCAAAGUCGCUUUCCUCUACGAUAUGGUGGAUCAACAGGAUCUGGAUAACAUUGAUAAGAAGGGUAUCGCGUUCACCAUUCGCUCCGUGUUUAUUAUCGAUCCCAACAAGAAGAUCCGCCUGACAAUGAUGUACCCCGCCUCGACGGGCCGAAACUCCGCUGAGGUUCUGCGGGUCAUCGACUCCCUGCAGACCGGCGAUAAGAAAGGCGUAACUACCCCUAUCGACUGGCAGGUUGGUGAUGAUGUCAUUGUGCCGCCCUCUGUCAGUACCGCGGAUGCCCAGAAGAAGUUCGGUGAGGUUCGUGAGGUCAAGCCUUACUUGCGUUACACCAAGAUUUAA